AUGUCUGCCAAAUCACAACUGAUGUGGAUCACCGACGUGGGUGAUCCGCGCGCAAAGAGAGAUGCCUCCACGCGCUCCUUGAUCAAGAAGCAUGUCAUGAAAGACAUAGGCAAAUCCCGUCGUAGACCUCAAAGACGUGAUUUGUCCAUACGGAAACACGUUCUCUCGAGCGGUGCCGAGCCUGGUCGUUACACGUUCAAAGAGGUCAAAGAUGACUCGGCGAGUUCCUCGCCCAGCGAUGAAGACAUCGGCAGAGUCGUCGAUGUUUUACACUAUCCUUUGCACAGCGACGCGACUAGACCGUCUCUGUUCAGCCGAAUGCGUCAGCAUCCCUCGUUUGUUAAUCAGGAUUGCAACUUUCAUGCUGAGAUGUGGUGGGAUCUGAGUCUGUUGGAUCCCGCAGCCAAAAGUCAGAUCGACUCGAUGCUGGCUACCAAGUAUGGAUUUCUGAUGUUGGAGCCUGGCAUUCCCUUCGACCUCGAUGGUCCGACUACGACGACCCUUCGCCUCGAAGCAUUGCGGGCAACUCAAAGAGCUAUCGAAGAUCCUAGUAGAUGCUAUAGUAUCGGCGUGAUCACAGCUAUUACAGCGAGUGUCUUUGAAGCAGUAAGUGGUCAUGUCGUUCUUGCACUUCGCGAGUCCCAGCUGAUAUGGAGUCAGCACACACGAGGUGAUGAUGUGCAGGCUUUUUUACAUCUUUGUGGGCUUCGCACUCUCCUCAAUCAUCGUCAAGGUGGACUGUCCUCUCUCCGAGCAUAUCCCAAAUUAUGGAUAAUGAUUUCGAUAUGUGAGAUUAUCUGCGCAACCACUUGGGGCACUGUUCCGGAGCUCCCAUUUCCAAUGGACUACUUCCAAGAGCCUUUUCUCCGUCCUACUCGUCCUCCUUCUGAGUUCUCGAGUAUGGUGGCUACAGCUUGGAGGUCCAAACAGCGCCAGACCAACAUCACGACCAGAACUUACGACCACAUGUCACACUAUCCUAAACUUCUGAACAACGAAAGCUCGGAGGCCUAUUCACUGCAUCCAAGAACAAUGAUCACGAUUUUCACGGGAUUCAAGAAGUGGUUAAGCCUGCCUUGUGCAUCCUUGGUGGAGAGCCAGGAUCUGAGACUGAACUGCCUGCGGACUGUGGACAAUCUUCUGGCUACCUCGUCAGCUUACGAAGACAAAUGGUCAUGUCAAACUUCGAGUACCAGAAGCUUGCCCUGGUCGGGGCAAGAUGUGCUCAAGCUUAUCAUCCUUGUCGUCCGUUGUGGGAACGAGAUGCACCCAAUACUGAAUUCAAAGCUCCCGAGUACCGAGGCAAAUGUCGCUUGA